AUGCCUGGUCAGCUGGCUGGAGCAACAGCCGAACUGUCCUUUAUGUACGGAUUCUCACAACAAGCUACUGAUAGUGUGACUGAUGGAAAGACAGGUAAGACUCAACUCACCUCGGUCCAAUAUGAUCUUCAAGCCCCGCAAGGCCCCAAAACAUACAAUGUGCCUCUCCACGAUCGAUCCGGACAACCACCCCGAGGUCCUGGCCAAGGCCGUGGUGGGUUUACCGGAACUCGAGGAGCACGACAUCGGCGUCAGCGACCCCAUUUACAGCAGCAGCCAUCGUCCCGAGACCCACUCGCGACACGCCGCAACGUUUACCGUAACAAUUCAUAUUCCCUCCGCGUGGGGUCAAACCGUUUAUCACAAUAUAGCGAGGUGACACCAGAACACUUUAACCGAGACGAGUCGCUGGUAUCGCGUGCACGGAAGUGGAUCCGGAGGGAAUUGCAGGUCUUUACUUUCUUGAAUCCAGAGGCGGACACAGACGAAGACCGUGGCCGAGGCCGAUUACCUCGUCCUGGCACUCAACGACUCGAGGACCGAAGGGCCAACAAUGCAGAAUUCCUACUCGAGUAUGUAAUUGCGAUUCUGCGCACCGUUGAUAUCAAGGGUAGUGCCGGUCAAGCCGAGGAGCUAUUACGGGACUUCAUUGGACGGGAUCAUGCUCGCUUGUUCCUACAUGAGCUGCUAGCGUGGUUAAGAAGUCCAUAUGUGUCCUUAGAAGACUGGGACCGCCAUGUACAGUAUCCGAGGCUAGCUCAGAGCUCUACUAACCGGGAUGAGCGAGGGCCCGGUCGUCGGGAUCGUCCAGCUCGCGGCCGAAGUGCUUCUCCGGCUCGAGAGGCUGAUAGAAGCUUGUUUGAUCGGAUCACAAGGCCUGAGACUGGAUCAGCUACAAUACCUAGAGAGGCACGUCCACGAUCUCGGCCGUACAGCCGUCACUCUAGACCACCGCGACACUUGCUUGAUCGAUAUAUCCCAGAUUAA